UCCCUCUCCCUAGCGAUAUAAAAAUACAAGCACAUCCUAAAAGUCAUAAACCACAGCCAACACCCCUCAAGACUUUCUUUCACCUUGACAAAGCAAGAAAGAUCUAUAGAGAGAGAGAGAGAGAGAGAGAGAGAGAAGGCGAUGGCAGGGUUACAGAGAUCUGAGAUUUCAUUCCGAAGGCAAGGCUCGUCGGGUCUAGUAUGGGACGACAAGUUCCUGAACUCACUCAACCAAAAAGAAGAAUCUCAAGAAGAUGGUGCCAAACCUGCUGCCGAUAACGAUAAAGAUCAGCAAGAGCCGGAGCUCUCGUCGACGGCCGUCGGACCCAUCAACGUCAAGAUUGAGCGGAGCAGAUCCAACGGCGGAGGACGCGGUUUUCGCACCGGGAAAGUGUCGCCGGCGAUCGAGCCGCCGUCUCCGAGGGUCUCCGCAUGUGGAUUUUGCAGCGCUUUCGGGAAGAAGGACAACGCGCGCCGCCGACCGAAGGCCGGUAAGCGUAAGAUGUAGUUCGUUGCUUUUUCCGGUGGUCGGAGAAGUUAGUCCGGUGGUCGUGUGUGGAAAGAAGGUGGUUUGGUCCUUGUCUGUGGUGGUGGUUGUAUUUGUAUUAUCUAGAUAUAUUAAUUUACUAUAAAGCUCAUCUCAAUUUAAAUGAGGUGUAGGAAUUUUGGGAAAACAUUAUGGUGUUUUUUUUUUUUGGGUUGUGUUGUUUUAGGUUUUCUUGCUUAAUUUUUAGGUUUAUAUGUGGUUUGUGGGGAUGUAACUUAUUAUGUGCAUAUUGUUGGAAUAUUUGGUUGAGUUCAUUUCUAGGAGGAUUUUAUAUUUGUACAAAAA